AGGAGGAGGUGGUGCCGGCCCGGCCGCCCCCCCCCCCGGAGCUACGGCCAUGGCGGCGGGGCGGGAGCGGGUCGCUCGCCUCCUGCGGCAACUGCAGCGGGCUGCAUGUCGGUGCCCAAGCCAUUGCCACACAUACUCCCAAGUACCUGAACGGCCUACCCUGGGAAAUACAGACUAUGCAUUUGAGAUGGCCAUUUCAAACAUCCGAUAUGGAGAAGGAGUUACUAAAGAGAUUGGCAUGGACCUGCAGAAUCUUGGUGCUAGGAGAGUUUGUUUGAUGACAGAUAAAAACCUCUCCCAACUCCCUCCUGUAAAUGCGGUAUUGAAUUCCUUGGCAAAAUAUGGUAUAAAUUUUCAGAUGUAUGAUAACGUCCGGGUGGAGCCAACAGACCAAAGUUUCCUGGAUGCUAUUACAUUUGCUAAAAAGGGAGAGUUUGAUGCCUAUGUUGCUGUUGGAGGUGGAUCUGUCAUAGACACCUGUAAAGCUGCCAAUCUGUAUGCAUCCAGUCCUACGUCAGACUUCUUGGAUUAUGUCAAUGCUCCUAUUGGGAAAGGGAAGCCUGUCACUGUGCCCCUCAAGCCACUUAUUGCAGUUCCUACGACAGCUGGAACUGGAAGUGAAACCACUGGUGUUGCCAUUUUUGACUUCAAAGAACUAAAAGUAAAAACCGGUAUUGCUUCAAGAGUCAUUAAGCCAACAUUAGGCAUCAUUGAUCCUUUACACACACUGUCUAUGCCUGAGCGAAUAGUGGCCAACAGUGGCUUUGAUGUGCUUUGCCAUGCUCUAGAAUCAUAUACUGCUCUUCCUUACAACAUGCGCAGUCCCUGCCCUUUGAACCCAAUCGACCGACCGGCUUACCAGGGCAGCAACCCCAUCAGUGACGUCUGGGCUCUUCAUGCACUGCGCAUUGUGGCUAAAUAUUUGAAAAGAGCCAUCAGAAACCCUGAAGACCGUGAAGCAAGAGCCAACAUGCACCUCGCAAGUGCUUUUGCUGGUAUUGGCUUUGGCAAUGCUGGUGUUCAUCUCUGCCAUGGAAUGUCUUACCCUAUUUCUGGUUUGGUGAAAACUUAUAAACCAAAGGAUUAUAAUGUGGAUCACUCUUUAGUGCCUCAUGGCCUUUCUGUGGUGCUGACAUCCCCAGCAGUGUUUGCUUUCACGGCACAGAUAUGUCCGGAGCGGCACUUGGAAGCUGCAGAGAUACUAGGAGCUGACAUCUGCACUGCCAGAAUCAAAGAUGCGGGGUUUAUUUUGGCAGACACGCUCCGGAAAUUCCUGUUUGAUCUGAAUGUUGAUGAUGGCUUAGCUGCAAUUGGUUAUUCUAAAGCAGACAUCCCUGCAUUAGUCAAAGGCACUCUGCCUCAGGAGAGAGUGACUAAACUAUCACCGCGUCCCCAAACAGAAGACGACUUGUCUGCCCUCUUUGAGGCUUCCAUGAAGCUUUAUUAGCUUAAACAUUGUGUUCUGAAAAGUGUGCCCUAUUCUAACACAAAGAUCUAUACAAAGUGUUCAUAGGAGGAGCAAAACCAGACUAAAGCAUGAUCAGAGGCUCAGCAGGAACCACAUAAUGGCAAUACCUCAUCCAUCAUGGUCAUUUUGUCUGUGUGGAGGCAACAGCUCCCUUUUCCUGCUGCAUUCUGUGGAAAUAAGCUAUCAGCACUGUCUUGCUUCUCUGUGAAGCAAUUGCUGCUGCUGAGCUCCUGCGGGUGCUGUCACUCAGAGCACAGCCACCAGCUUAAGGAAGUGGCUGUGUGCUGUGGUUCAAUAUUAAAAAGUGCUGGUGUAGCAUAUGGCUGCACAGUGCCCCGCUGGGAGCACUGCUUAAACGUGGGAAUGAGUGUGCACGUUCAGAGCAGUUAACCAGCUGGUUGACUGUCAACUGAGAAAGGGAAGUGGGAAAGGGAGAAAUGAAACUAAAAUUUUAAUACUAUUUUUGUUUUUUUAAAAAGCACACAUGGUUGUGUGUACAGUUCAUUUAAAUCAGAUUCUGCUUCAUGUUGAACCCUUUCAGCAUCUGAUUCAUGCAGCUACCACAGCACAAGGCAAACAUGAGAACCACCUCAUAACUUCUGGUGUGCUUAUUUCUUUUUGCUGGGGAGGGAGCAUUUUUCAGUCACCCUGUUGAAGUAAAAGGCCCUAUACUUACACCUUUGCAUUUAUGUCUUUGAUAAAACUAGUGCUAUCCUAGAAUCUGAGGACAGAUGUGUACUGGAUAUUGACAUUGGAUCUGUUUUAAUGCUCAGUUAAACUAGGUGGAUGGACACUGGUUGAAGACUGGAGAUUUUCUUUUUAACCACAGAAUGGGUUUAGUGGCCAUAGGGACUGUAAAGCUGGGACUCGCUUUUGAUUUCCAUGCCCUUCUGAAUCCUAUCCUCUGCUGAAAUUGCCCACAAGAACCUCUGUCAUGAAGGCUAACGUUGUAAUAGCAUGGGGUGAGGGAUUCACUUUAUUGUAUUGUGCAAAGCUGCCAUGUUUGGAAAAAAAAAACACACGUUUUUGUCAAACCCUUUUGUAUAUAAUCUUUUGGCCUGUUUAAUCUUUCCACUCCUGUCUUUCUCCAGGCUGUGGUAGCAGUACACAGUCCUGAAGAGAGAAUGUUUUUUCCAAGAGCUUAAUUCAUGGCAGCCAUGCUGUGUUUGGGGAGUAUAUACUUUCUGGGGAACAGAACAGCACAUGGGUUUCAUCACUGCAGCAGAGCACUUUGAUGGGCUAGUUAGGAAUGUAGGGUAUUUCCUUCCAGCACGCUUUUUAUUUGCCAUUUGUGCCAGUACGGCAAUUAUUAGCAGGCUGCAUUUUCAACUGACAGAGCCUUGCACUUAACUUCCUAUCCCAGGUAACCCAGAGAUCUUGCUAGUUUUUAAAUUAAGCCUCACAACCCCCUCUGAUAUAGUAGGUUUUAUCCAUAUUUUAUAGAUGAGACAAAGGGUUUGAUAUAAUACCUAACCCAACAUAAGCAGAUAGUGCUAUAAGGGCCAUUUCUGUUUCCCACACCCCUUUGGUCCCACACCAGGGUCUUUGGCUUAAACUGGUUGUGAAAUUCCAUUUAUGGACAUCAGCUACACAAGUGUUCUCCCACCACCAGUUUUUAGUCACUAGCGAAAAUUUUCUGAGGGAAAAUCAAGGGAGCUCAAGUCACCCCACAGUGCUGUCUUUCAAAUAGUGAUGGUGUGACAGGGAGUCAUGCCCUGGCUCCGGGGCAGUGGUAGUUUUGUUCAAAACUGACGAGUCACCAGGGUUUUUCAUGUAUUAUCUUUCUUAAUUACUCUGUACUGAGAAAACCUGGUUGGUCAAAUAUAUCCCUGUCUUUGAGCAUGCCUAUUUUGUGCACAUGAGCCUGCCAUUUGUGUGGGAAGCUGGGGUGAACUUGUGAUUGUGAGUGCCCAGCAGUGGUUGGGCAUGUGUGUGAAACGUGGGCAGCUUAUUCUUGUGGCUCCUGGUACUGCUCUGUUACUCAAACCCUCUGUGACAUAUCUGUUACUGCCCUUAGAUGAUACUGGAAUGCAAAUAACCAACAAUACUACACUUGCUAUAAACAAAGGCUUAUUUGAAAGUGUUUGAGAGCAGUGUUUAACUCUGUCAUGUUAACUUCAAAUUUAUAAAGUAACUAUGAACCAAAACCACUGAGACAAAGUAGACUUUCACUAGCUUCCCAGAGCAUAAUGACUCUUCUGCAACGUCAUUUGCGUGGUGAGCUCGGUGCUGUGCAGGCACAAUCAUUGUAUCGUGGGUGACAAUCGAGAGCAAAGUUAGAGGUGUUCCAGAAAUAAAGUACCUGAACUGCUGCAUGGUAUUUCUGUGAACAUUUCAAAUGCUUUCUGCACACCUUGCUCUGUGUAAUCAGCACAGAGCUGUAAGUAUUAUUACAUAUUUCAUGACAACACUACCAAUCCUUGUAUGUCAUACUUGUUAGCAGUAGGGCUUGAUCGAGUCUCUCCCUCUUCCUUGUAGAGUCAGAGACUUACUUUCUGUCUUAAUCAGCUGUAACUAUAUAAAAGGAUUUGUCAGUCUUUAUACAAAAAAGAAGAAAUGCUUAGUGUAUCUAGACCAUGUUUUCUUGAAUAGGUUUUAAGGAAGCAUAUAAAUGGCAGUUAUUCAGUCAUGAUAGAAUCAUAGAAUCAUUAAGGUUGGAGAAGACAUCUAAGAUCAUCAAAUCCAACCAUCAACCCAACACCACCAUGCCUCCUAAACCAUGCCCCAAAGUGCCAUGUCUACACAUUUUUUGAACACCUCCUGGGAUGGCAACUCCACCACCAUGCUGGGCAGCCUGUUCCAAUGCCUGACCACUCUUUCAGUGAAAAUUUUUUUCCUAGUAUCCAGUCUAAACCUCUGCUGGCACAACUUGAGGCCAUUUCCUCUUGUCCUAUCACUAGUAACUCAGGAGAAGAGACCAACACCCACCUCACUACAAGCUCCUUUCAGGUAGUUGUAGAGAGUGAGGUGGUCUCCCCUCAGCCUCCUCCAGGCUAAACAACCCCCGUUACCUCAGCCACUCCUCGUCAGACUUGUGCUUUAGACCCUUCACCAGCUUUGUACCCCUUCUCUGUCCUUCCUGUACUGAGGGGCCCAAAACUGAACACAGCAUUCGAGGUGUGGCCUCACCAGUGCCGAGUACAGGGGCACAAUCACUUCCCUACUGCUGGCCACACUAUUCCUGAUACAAGCCAGAAUACUAUUGGCCUUCUUGGCCACCUGGGCACAUGAAGAACAGAACACUGAAGAGGAAUGGUUUGAGAGGCCCUAGGGACUCCUAGUAGAGUAGGAGUUACCACAUUUGGGAUUCUUGCUGUGGACGUUGACCUGCGACUUCUCUCCCCUAGUCCUGUAUUCUCCAGGUUUUGUGCAGGCAAACACAAAUUGAACCCUUGCCCAUCUGGUUACUCACUCAGUCUAGCUACAGUGAUAAGGUUAGAUUUGGGGAGCAAGUACAAACAAGUGUUUGUGUAGCGCUGGUGAAAAUAGUUAAAGAAUAGGUAUAGUUUUACCUGGGCCACAUAAUGGAGAGCCCACUCUUCUUUCAAGGUACUCAGAACUCUCAGGGUUGCUGCUUGGCAUCAGUAGAAGCGGGAGCAGCAGGUAAAGUAGUUUGUCUGGCCCCUCUUUUCCCUUGCCUCUUCCCAUUCCACUGUUGAUUUUCCCAGCACUUAAGGCAAAAAGAAAAUGAAGCAAAAAAUAUGUAACCAGCAUGCCUAAAUCUGCAAAAACUCCUACUGUCAUCCUGUGUGAAUAAACAUGGAAGAAAUCACAGGUAGGUUAGUGUGCAUGCUCAUUCCUCAUCGCAUCGAGUUCGCUUUAAGGCAAUGUGCCAAGGCUGUCAUGUUGGCUUUCCAUCCCUGAGACCUGAAAAGUGGAUGAGAAAGAGCUAUGGUUAAGAGACACACAGGAAAGCUAUGUCUAGGCACUUUCCGUAACGCCCAAGUAAAUCUGCUUAAGCAUCACAGUGCUCCAGGAUGUGUGCAGUAUGCUGUGGGUUCAACAGCUCCAACCGAAUAAAUCUGUCACUGCAUUAAGCCUGUCUGUGGAGAAGGGACAAGGGAAGCCUGAUGCAGGGCAGCAUCAGUUUUUCAUCAGACCAUCUCUGAGUGCUUCCUAAAUAAAAGGAAACAUAAUUUAAAUUCAAACAGCGGCUAGUGAAUACAGAAGGCAAUGUGAGCAUUUUCCUGAUCUCUCCAGGAGCUGUAGCUCACGCAGCUUGUCUGCCACAGUGUUGGCCCUGGGCAGCAAGAAGAGGGUCUUCCACACCUACCUGCCCCUACUAAUCCAGCCUGGAAGCCUGUUUCCAUGUUUGACUCAUCACCAGGCCUCCUGCAGAAGAAGAGGUUACUCUCUGAGCAAUGGUGUGGCGGGACUGUUGGUGACUGAAUUUGCAGAGGUCUCAGCUCAAUUUGUACAUGCGGAUUUUUUUCCACAGGCAGUUCCCUUUGUACUAACUGCAGUGUACAUAUGCGAAAUCACGCAGGCUCUCUUUGUUACAAAAUGUUGAGUGCAUCCUCUUCACGUGUAGUUGAUCAUGAGAGUAAGCACAGCUUCUACGCUUGCUGUGAAUUUCUCGGUGAAACUGAGACAAAAAAAACCCAAACUCAAACCUGGGCCAUCAUUAGGAAGGCUGCAGUUCCCUUAGAUGCAACGUUUCUGAAUGCAGUCUUAUAUUUUGCCAGUUCUAGGCUCCCAUUAAAUAACCCACUGAAAUGCCAUUCAUUUUCUUUUUUUCCCAUUGUACUGAAACAGCUGCCACGAAUGAGUUGGUAGGAAACGUUGUACAGCCAAAUAAUAACAGUAAGAGGAAGAACCAUUUGACACAGCUCAAUGUAAUGUUAAUCAGGGGCUUAAGUUAACUACUUUCCUAGUAAUAGGAGAGGGGAUGAAAAAAAUACUUUCAGUCUUAAGUUUCUUUUGAAAAAUUACGUGUACUCGCUUUUCAGAGAAAUCUAAAUGCAACAAAUUGCAGCAGAUAUUUUCCUUAUUUCUCUGAAUGUGGGAAUUAAAGGGAGGAAAGUUAAUGCACAUCCGUGAGGUGGCACAGUUAAGUGAAAGCAGAGGAAAUGUGACCCAUAUCCUUUGGAGAACCAUGUUAAUUCACGUCGCACUGUAGAGUCACAGAGCUUGGUUCUGCAGCCAUGUACACUGGCACCACAUAUGCCACCAAAGUCAACUGAGCAGCAAGAGAAUGAUGGCUGUGCCCACACUGUCGUCUGAGCGCCGGUAAAUGUUUAAUCUAAUCUAAUACUACUGUAUCAUUAAAUAUAUAUAUACUAGCACAAACGCUGGUUUAUUGAUGUGGAACUUCUCUCUGUUCCCUGACUUGCAGUGACUUUGACCUACUUUAACAAUGUACUUGUGCUUUUCCUGGGGUAUGCUGGUUGGAUGUUUGACUAUACAGCCUUAAAUUAGCAACUUGACAUUGAAAUGCUGAUUUACACCUGCAGUCAAAUGGAUAACACAUGUUAAAGACUGAUUGUCAGCAGCUCCAAUAUGUUAUCGCUUCAUUCUGUGGCAUUGUCACUUGCCUUUAUGGGAUUUAAGGACGCCAUUGUGUGGCAUUGUUGGUACGGUGGCAUUGUUGGUACAGCUAUGGACACAGCUGUGGGGGGCUGACACUGUGUGUGGACUCUGUCAUCUAUCUAAAAGCUGACCUCACUUUCGAAAAAUCACUGUGAAAGUUUGGACGUUUAAGUAUUGCUGUAUAGUCUAAGACAGCAUUGCAAAUAAAGACGCUUUUUUGCUGGCAUAAAAAACA